AGAAAGAGACGAUCGAGAUGGGGGGCUGCGCCUGCUGAUGCGCCUGCAGGUGUAGCUACUGCGCUUGGUGCCAACUUGUCGGCUGCCGAAUUGGAUCGCUACGCUAUAAAUGUCCGAAUUGCAGAGAUCCAACAGAAGCUGGUCACUGGUAACGUUGUUCCGCCAGAGAGGGAACGCUCGCCAUCACCACCACCCACGUACGAUGGUGCUGGUAGACGUACUAACACCCGCGAAGUCCGUUACCGCAAGAAGCUCGAUCAAGAACGAGUCGACCUGAUCGAUCGGGCUGUCAAGCUUGAUCCCAACUACAAGCCUCCUGCAGAUUACCAUGUUGCCAAGCGGAAUAUGCGCCCACAGGAAAAGGUCUGGCUCCCCAUCAAGGAGUUUCCAGAGAUUAAUUUCUUCGGCCUGCUCGUUGGCCCAAGAGGAAACACUCUGAAGGGCAUGGAGCGGGAAAGCGGCGCAAAGAUCAGCAUCAGAGGUCGGGGCAGCGUGAAAGAAGGCAAGGGCAGACCGGGCGAGGAGGAAGAUGAGGAGAUGCACUGCAUCGUGCAAGCAGACGAUUUGGAAAAGAUCAAAGUGUGCAUCAAAGCCAUUCAGAGGGUUAUCGAGGUUGCAGCGUCCACCCCAGAAGCUCAGAAUGAUCACAAGCGCAAUCAACUGCGAGAGCUUGCUGCACUCAAUGGUACGCUCCGGGACGACGAAGGACAAAUUUGUCAGAAUUGCGGCCAGAAGGGUCAUCGUCGAUAUGCUUGCCCGGAGGAGCGCAACGUCACGGCCCACAUCAUCUGUCAUCGAUGCGGAGGGCAAGGUCACUUGGCGCGAGACUGUACUCAAAUGCCUGGACCACGCGGGUUUGGCGGAGGUCCACCAGGCCCUGGUGGCCCAGGUGGGCCAAACGGGCAAGGCGGUCAGAUGGAUUCGGAGUACGCCAGUCUUAUGGCCGAGCUUGGGGAAGGUGGCGCUGGCGGUGGCAGACCCGGCGGCCCGCAAGCUGGAGGUAUGCCGGGACAAAAAUACGACGCAAAUGGCAAAAAGAUCCCACCUUGGCGUGAUCCCGAGAUGUGGAACCCGCCGGGUGUUGGGGGACGGAUGGGGGGACCGGGAGGGCCAGGCUACGGCGGGCGUCCAAUGGGACAGGGUGGUCAGCAAGGUGGAUACGGCAAUUACCAACAGCAGUAUCCAGCUCAAGCAGGUCAAGAUGGGCAGCCAGACUACUCUGCAGCGUGGGCAGAGUACUAUGCGCAGCAAGCAGCCCAG